CAAAGUAGACGUUUGUUAGCAUUUUCUAAUUAAAUAUAACGGUCAAAAUAACGUCUCAACAGAGAGAUCAUUAAAAGAAAAAAUGAGACAGAAUAGAUGGAGCCCAGCAGGCAACAUUAUUUACUGCACUGACUAAUAAUUUGUUUCUAGUUAUCUGGGUUCCAAAAAGAAACACAAUUACCAUUUCCAAAUAUGAAGAACAAAACUUGGGAAGAGGAAAUCUACUGGAAGAAUUUUCACUUUUCUCAAUUCUCUUUAACUUUGCCCACUGAUUUUCAUCAACACCUUACACUUCCUAAGAAGUUUAGUGACAACAUGAGAGCCAAGUUACCUGAACAAGUAGUUCUUAAAGUAAAUGGAGUUUCUUGGAAUGUUAACUUGAAGAAAAACAAGGAUGAUAUUAUGUUUCAUGGAGAUGGGUGGGAAGAAUUUGGAAAUGCUUACUCUUUGAAGAAGGCGGAUGUCCUAGUCUUUAAGUACAAUCGAAGAGAGUGUUUCGAGGUCUGGCUCUUUGAUCGAGCAAGUUCAUGUGAGAAAGAAGCUUCUUAUUUUGUGAGGAAACCUCAGCAGCAUAACUCUGAUGAUGGAGACGAUGAGGAGGAUCAUAAUGAUGACUGCAGUGAAGAUACAGCAAAGAGUUUGACUGAGGGAGAGUUCACUGAUGAUACAAGCCAAGAAGAUCACGACGACUGUCAUUAUGAUGCUUCUAGAGACAGGCGUAGAAAAACACCUGUUAGGACUCCCAAGAGUAGUUCUGCCAAACCUGCUCGUUCAAAAGAUGUUUCUGAUGAUCCAGAUGAAUCAGACGAGAAUUCUGAUGAAGAAUUUUCCAUCUCAGAAGAGGCUAAAACUACUCCGAAUAAAGCAGCUACUACUAAUUCAGCUGGAAAAUUGCCAACUAAUGCUUCAAGGAAAAGGAAUCGCAAUGGUGCUAAAAAGAUAUUUGGCAAAGGAAGUGGAUCAAGUCUUUAUUCAGUGUGCUACAAAUCAAAUAGAAGAAAGAUUACUGAUGAAGAGAUAGCAAAUGCUCUAAGAAAGGCCAAGGUAGCAAAAGAACAGCACGUUAACUCUUUUCAUGUAGUGAUGAGACCUUCCUGUGUUUACAGGCGCUUCUUUAUGACAAUCCCUGCAGAAUGGGAACUUAAAAGUCAAUUUAGAAAAGGCCAAGAAGUGUCUCUCAGAAUGCAGGGGAAAAUAUGGGAGUGCAGCAUUUACAAAGACGGAACUAAACUAGGUUUUCAAGGUUCAAGAUGGAAAACUUUUGCUCGCGACAACUUCUUGGAGGAAUACGAUGUGUGCUUGUUUGUUCCUUCUGUCUCGAAGAAUGAAAGAUUUGUCCUCGAUGUAACCAUAUUCCGAGUGGUUCCUGAUAUUGUUCUUCCUAGUGUAGACGUGUAGUAACUUUACCUUGACUGAUGGAUGGGUUUGUUGCUGUAUUAUUGAUGAAUGUUUUUCUGUUUUGUAAAUUUUGUGCUAGACUAGAUGGCUGCUGUAAUUGUACUUUUCUAUCCUACUUGUCUGGGUUAUUGGUAUAAUUAACAAUGUAUGCAUCAACUUUGAAAAUAAUACGAACAGUCUAGUAAUC